AUGUCGGUCGCUCAAAAGAUCUUGAACGAAAAGCCCACUGAAUUGGAAACCAAGGUUGCCCAAGCCUUCGUUGACUUGGAACAACAAGGUGACCUCAAGGCCGAACUCCGCCCCUUGCAAUUCAAGCACGUCAAGGAAAUCGACGUUGCCGGUGGUAAGAAGGUGUUGGUCGUGUUCGUCCCCCCUCCCUCGCUCCCCGCUUACAAGAAGGUGCAAACCAGAUUGACCCGUGAGUUGGAAAAGAAGUUCCCCGACAGACACGUCGUGUUCUUGGGUGAAAGAAAGAUCUUGCCCAAGCCCGCCAGAAAGUCGAGAAAGCAACAAAAGAGACCCCGGUCGAGAACCUUGACCGCCGUCCACGACGCCAUCCUCGAAGACUUGGUCUUCCCCACCGAAAUUGUCGGCAAGAGAGUCAGAUACUUGGUCGGUGGCGGCAAGAUCGGCAAGGUCUACUUGGACUCGAAGGACUCGAACGCCGUCGACUACAAGUUGGACUCGUUCCAGCAAUUGUACACCAAGAUGACCGGCAAGCAGGUUGUGUUUGAAAUCAAGGGCGAAACCUACUAA